AUGGUGGAGUAUUUUGAUAACAUUUUUAGGUCAGAGGGUGCGGAGGAAGCAAGACAAACGGCUGAUGUAGUGAAGAAUAUGGUUAAUGCGGAAAAAAGAGAAUUCUUAGAUCAAUUUUUCACUGUUGAAGAAAUAACCUAUGCCCUUAAACAGAUGCAUCCAACCAAGGCACCAGAACCCGAUGAUAUGCCGGUACUCUUUUACCAAAAAAUGUGGAGAAUUGUGGGUAAUGAUAUUAUUGAUUAUGUGUUUAAUAUUCUAAAUCAUGAAGUUGAUCCCUCCCCUAUUAAUUCAACCCAUAUUUGUAUGAUUCCAAAAAUCAAGAAUCCUAGAUAUGCCAAAGGCUUUAGGCCCAUCUCUUUAUGUAAUGUUGUUUUUAAAUUAGUUACCAAAACUAUUGCAAGUAAACUCAAACAACUUCUUCCGGAUAUUGUUGGAGAGUUACAAAGUGUCUUUGUGCAGGACAGGUUAAUCACUGACAAAGAAUUAGUGGCAUUCGAAAUUUUUUAUUACAUGAAGAAGAAGGUGACAGACCAAAAGGGGUACAUUGGACUCAAAUCAGACAUGGCCAAGGUAUAUGAUAGAAUAGAGUGUUGCUUCUUGAAAGAGGUCAUGAUAUUAAUGGGUUUCUCACAAAGAUGGGUGAAUUUAAUCCAAAGAUGUGUUUCGACGGUGACUUUCUCAAUUCUGGUUAAUGAAAUCCCAAGUAAACCAAUUCAACCAACUUGGGGUUUUAGGUAG